GCGUGGCCAAUGGCUGUCGUGCCGAAUAUCAUGCCGCUGUCGAAACACAGCAGCGCCAUGAAGGCAGAUCAGUGCCAGCAGUGGAUCUGAAUUGGCUUUGAAUGAGCAUAGCUCUGUAUAGAGGCAGAAGCUUCCAACACGUGCAUCGUCCUUCUUUGUUGCCGUCUUUUCAGCCAAUUUGAUUCUUACUGGAGCUCUCCAUCUCAUCAUGUUCAAGAGGAAGUUGACAGCGCUGGACUUCGACAACAUUGAGCAGCUGGAUGUUAACGAUCCGAAGCAAUUUCGGAAUAUGAUUGUUUGGCUGGAAGACAGGAAAAUCAGGCAUUACAAGAUGGACCAACGUGGUGCCUUGAGGGCGACUGAUUCUUUGAACUGGUCUGAAGCCUUCCAGAGUUAUUUGAGGGAUCUGGCAUGUCCUCUCUCUCAAGAUGAUUUGUCUGGUGUCACAGAUUGGCUGCUUGGUUAUGCUAUUAGACUGGAAUAUGGGGACCAAGUGGACAAGUACAAGGGAGUUACAGCAGACACUAUGCAGGAAAGGAAGGCCAAAGUUCCAAAGGUUGUCUCCACAAAUCCACUUGACAGUUUGGACUUCAACGACCCAAGCUUCAUUAAAGGAGUAGAGGCAUUGGCGAAAAUCUUAAAUGUGCCUAAGCAUCCUGAUCAUCUGGUGAUGCUGAAUGCAUGUAGCCGUCUGGUGAAGAAUUACCUCUCUCCUGAAGCUCAGCAGAUGAAUUCAGCUCUCUCUGAGGGGAAACCGUUUCCAAUUCAGGAAGCAGAUCUGGGAUUUGACACCGGAGACUACGUUUUGAAUCAAGCAGCCAAGAUUCUCCGAUUACUCUAUAUUCAUGAUCUGAGAGAUUUACAGACAAAAAUCAACGAGAGUAUUGUUGCUGUGCAAACCAUUACAGCUAACCCCAAGACUGACACCCGACUUGGCAAAGUUGGUCGAUAAAUGUAACAAGACUGUGGUCCUAGAUUGAUGCCAGUUGGAUGAUACUGAAGUACUGACAGUACUUUGAAAUCUGUGAUGCUGAAACGAUGCUUUGCCAGAAUAAAGC